AUGAUCGUCGGUGGUCGUGAGAGGGAUAUCGGUAUCGGAAGUGGGAUGGUAGAGCUAGAUGGGUCAGCAUCACGUGACCCUGAUCAACCUGGGACGGAUCAUUUAGAGUUCACAUGGAGAUGUGUACAGAUUCCUGAGAACAUCCUCUGUGUAUCGGAGGAGGAUGGGUCUUUCUUCCCUGCUCCGGAGCAGCUAGAAUCUGCUUCUGUGUCUUUCAACGCUUCUCAUAUGGCCCCUAACCAGACCUACGAAUUCACUCUCAGGGUUGCAACGGCAUACAAGGAGAGUCAGGAGACAAGUGUCGUCGUCUGGGCUACGUCAGGCAAUGCUCCGCAGGUUCUCGUGUCCAUACCCGAUUCAGGUCCAGUCGUUUCGACAGAGCCUCUUGCUUUGACGGCUCAUGUUCAUCACGCUACCCCGGUUGCUAUCACAUGGAGUAUUAUUGGUGAAGUCGUCGCUAUGGAGGAUAUGGACUUCACAGGCAGUGCGAGCAACACAGAGCUUGAAGGGUCGACAUGGUCAAUCGUACAUAUCGAAAAAGGUGUUCUACGACCAAACGAAAAAUAUGUUGUCCUUGUGAUGGCUACUGAUGAACAGGGUCAGACCGGUUCAAGUCAGAUGGAACUAGUUAUGGCUAGUGGCGUUUCGUCGUGUCAACUAAAUCUUGAAAGUGGAAAUACUUAUACCGAACUUGACGAGAUUACCUUUACAAUUGACCAUUGCGUGACCGAGGAGGACGCCUAUCCACUGACCUAUCAGCUACUAAGUUCUUUUAGUGGCAGCAAUAAAAGGUCAAUGACCCCUGCUGGCGUACGACCCCUAAUAAAUAUCGUCGGACCCCCAGCGAGGGAAGGCAUGGGAAACAGAUCAUUCUUUGCCCACGUGUGUAAUGCACAUGGUAGCUGUUCAUACUUCAGUCUUGUGGCAUCGAUAGAAAUGAGGUCAUCUCUAGACUCAGAAGCUUUGGAAGUUGUCAUCGUUUCUCAAGAAGCUCUGAAAGGUGACUACCUAAAGGCGUUCCUCGGUCUAAUCGCACUAAGUAAAGUCGAAGAAAGACUAGCCGCAGUCAGACGACGACGAGCAACCGUGACUAGCGAUCGUGCAACGGAGCAACUGAGGCUUCUCUAUAGCGCUAUAACUACAUCAGUACUCGACAGGCCGACAGCGAGUACUCUGAUAGAUGCCUGUCCAGGGAUCGCCAUCGAUGACUUAUCACCAGAGGACAUAGAUAAUUUCCUUGACAAGCUGCACGCUCUUGUUUCUGUGUUUGGGUGCGAUCAAGAGAUUCCUGCUAACAGCGCCUCGGUCGUUCUGUCGAUCAUCGAACAAAUUCAGGCUAUGACUGAUGAUGAAGACACUAUGAAGAUGUGCAGAGAGUUGACAAUGAGUUUGACCAAGGCUAACUCUGCUGGCCUUAUCCUUGGGGACUCUCCUGUGGAGACGUCAUCGGAUGCAUUGACGUCAACUCUCUUCUAUGAUAUCCCACAAGGAUCAUUCAAUACACUGUCUGGAGAGGGCGCUUUCCAGGUUGACCUUGGAAGUGACAUUGCUGAAAUGUAUGGCGGCUACUGGAAAUGUGGUAGAGGACGGUGCAUUGGGAUAAAUAUUCAAUUCGACCAGUACUCUGACAAUACUGAUCCAUACUCAACCGAAGACGAAGAUCGUGAUAACCGGGCAUCCGCCAUAUUGAAUAUCGCCCUCUACGACCCUUCCAGCUGUGAAGAACUGAUGGUGUCAUCUCUGAGCGACCCAAUCCGUAUAAACAUGACAGUGAGCGCAAUGAAGAGGAAUCAUAAAUUCAAAUGCCAUAUCUGGGAUGAAGAGGAUAAGGAAUGGACUAGCGAUGGAAUAGAGACAAAGGAGAUAGAUAACCAGAUGGUAGAGUGUAAGGUUCAACGCACUGGUACGUGUGUCAUCCUAGCUACGGAGAGGGGAGGGGCAAACAAAACCGUGGUCAUCAUCGUGAGUAUCAUCGGAACCCUGCUCAUUCUAACCCUCAUCAUCGUCAUCGUCAUCUUCAUACUGAAGAAGAAACAGAAAGAUAAGGGAGAUGGGAAUGUCGCCACCAACGACAGAAGCACGGCAGUGGCAACGGCUAUGACGUCAGAUGGGAAAGAGAUGGACGGUUCCAAAGAGGCAUCUACAGAGUAUGCUUAUGACUUCAACAUGCAGAACAUGGCCCAAAAGGUGAACUGCUAGAGGGCGCACUUCAUCAGAUCCCGAUAUUAAAUCUACAUGUAAAUCAAUACCAGAUAGUCUCAUCUCCCCGGUUUGAUCAAAAUUGAUUUGAAUAUUUACAGGGAUUCAACUUCUGCGCGGGUCUACGUCACAACUGUUACAACUGAAAUCAUAUCUGGUAUUAAAUCAAUAUGACAAUUUAUCCUUUUGAUACCAUUGGAGACCAGAUGCUUGUUUUAUUGUAAAAUAAAUCUGCAUGAAGUGUGGGUUUUAUUUAUUUCGUAUCUUUAUCGUAUGAAAAUGCCAUUUAGCUUUAAUUUAGACACAAUUAUGUAGGAAAUUGUAAAUAAUACAUGAUUACUUCUUAUUAUUACGCGGAUGAUUUGUAAAUGGAUUUUAUAUUCAGUGCAUUUAUACAUAUUGCCUGGGGUAAGGGGUCUGUACAUAAUAGUUGUUUCCAUAAUGCCUUAAUUUAAAAAAUUGAAUCAUGAAUAGAAAAAUAAAACAGUGCAAUUAUAAUCUUAUACUUAUAAAGUUUGAUCAAUUACUUGAGAUUCUUCCAGGAAAUAGAAGUGUUUAAUCCAGUAUCUCACGUAAAAGUUCUCCACCAUGUACUUUACUACCACUCAUUAAAAACAAUACGAUGCAAAAGUGUACUGUUAUGUCGGUCUGUACAACCAAAGUCCACAGUUACCAUGGUUACUAUUGUUCACAUCUCUUUUUCCUCUCCGAGAAAAGUCUUCCCAAAUCUUUAAUUACCUCGCAGUUUUCUAUUAAGAUGCUGAAAUCUUGCCAAUAUAUUGCAUGAAGGAAGUGUGAAGAGAGGAUGUGGGUCAAUACCAUUAACAUUUUAGGACAUGCUGGGCUACAAAAGAAGAAUUGAAAUAAAACGAAAAUAUAUAUAUAUAUUCAUAUUUUUAAAGGAAUAUAUAGGCCUCAGAUUGAACAAGCUGCGUCUUUCUCACCAAAUGGAGUGAUGUUUGUAUUUUCAAUCUUCCUUCCUUUUCUUACGAUUUAAAUAAUGUAUCAUUAAUCUUUUCUGUAUAUGAUCUGGAUCACCAACUCUCAUUAAAAAUGUUAAAUUUAAAUGAAAUUCGCAUCGUAGAGGUGGUGUAGUCGAGUGGUCUCAACAAUUGAUAGGAGAUACGAAGGUAUUUGGUUUGAUACCCGACACGGCACUUGGGUCCUUUUACAAGGC